ACAAGGGGCAGUAGGCUACGUGAAUCGGAUUUUACCGUUUGGAGUACCAGAAGAAACUAUUUCAGGCUGGAACUAUAACGACUCUGGAAGAGUUAACGAGAUUUAUUUCAUUUUCAAAAUGAAAUACCACGUGGACUUAUUUCUAUUGACCUUUAUGAUGAACACGCAUUGCUGUGCUGGCAUAAUCUGGCUGGGCCUUACUGUUAAUGGUAGCUCUGUUGGUUGGAAUCAAACUCACCACUGCAAGCUGUUAGACGGACUUGCACCCGAUCAGCUGCAACUAUGCCGGAGGAACCUCGAGCUCAUGCACAGUAUUGUCCACGCAGCGAAGUUGACCAAAACGACCUGUCAGAACACCUUAACUGACAUGCGAUGGAAUUGCUCGUCCAUUGAAAAUGCACCUCGUUUUACGCCAGAUUUAGCUAAAGGUACCAGAGAAUCUGCGUUUGUGUUCUCGCUCGCCGCAGCCGUAGUUAGUCACUCUAUCUCCAGAGCCUGCUCAUCUGGAGAGCUUCCCAGUUGCUCGUGCGCCCCGGCACCUGCGGAACAGGCAGGGCCCGACUUCAGAUGGGGAGGAUGUGGCGAUAAUCUUCGCUACGGUCUUCAAAUGGGUUCCGCUUUCUCGGAUGCACCGAUGAGAAACAGCAGAUCCGGCUCACAGGCGUUCAGGCUGAUGCACUUGCACAACAACGCUGUUGGCAGACAGGCACUGAUUGAAUCCCAGGAUACCAAAUGCAAGUGCCAUGGGGUGUCUGGAUCAUGUUCCGUCAAAACAUGUUGGAAAGGCCUCCGUGAUAUCGGCUACAUCGCCACUGAGCUCAAAUCCAAGUACCUGGCUGCCACUAAAGUGAUGCAUCGCUAUGUGGGGCAGAGGAAACUGCUUGUGCCAAGAGAGCUGGACGUGAGACCAGUGAGAGAGAGCGAGCUGGUCUACCUGAUCAGUUCUCCAGAUUACUGCACACACAACGACAAGCAUGGAUCUCCUGGCACACAGGACAGACAGUGCAACAAGACAUCCAAUGACAGCGGGAGUUGCAAUCUGAUGUGCUGUGGCCGUGGCUACAAUGCCUACUCAGAAAGGAUUGUGGAAAGGUGUCAGUGCAAAUACCACUGGUGCUGCUACGUCACCUGCAAGAAAUGUGAACAUACGGUGGAGAGAUAUGUAUGUAAGUGAACUCUUCAUAGACAUUUGAGCUGCUGACACGAAGCACUAUUUUCAUCACAUCUCGAUAAGUUCGCCAACCCAGAGGACUCCAGACUCCCUCCAGACUCUGGGAAACGAAGUGUCGGAGAACGGCAAGAGACACUGUAAGGACAGUCAUGCUGCUCCAAGGCCCGAGAACAGGAUGUGAGGUCACAGGAAAGACGACUGAUAUCUGAUGAGUAAACGUGAUUGGGAGUAUUAAAUGUUUGAUUAGUGAAGAAUUCCACAGUGGAUAACUGGAGAAGAACAUAAUGGACAAGGCUCAGAGAAAAAAGACUUUUCAAAAGAAAACCUGCCUCGUGUGCUAUUGUACCGAAUUUAAAAAAACGUAAGAAUGUCUCAUUUAACUAUCUAAUUUACCUUAGACAGACAAUGCUUGAUCUGAAUGGAACAUCUCACUUCAUGUAUAUUG